UGAUCUCGUCCAGGUCAGGCAAAUCCCCUGCAUCCCCCGGUCCCUUCUUGGCCUCUGGAGUCUUCUGUCCAUCAAGUGCCUCUGAGCAGACAGGAAGACACUUACGAUAUCACCCACCUCGGCAAGAUGCAGCCCGUUGCUCACCAGUCGGGAGGCGCGUCUGGAGAUCCGCUUCCGCCGACACUGCCGACCGAGACAUUUCAAGAGAAGGCCAGCGUGUCUAGCCUGGGAUCAUGGUCCCAUUUGAUCGCCGGCGCGUCCGGUGGUAUGGUCACAGCGAUUGUCACGAGUCCUCUUGAUGUUCUUCGCACCCGCUUGCAAACCGAUUAUUACCAGACACAGGCCACGAACCGUCCGCUUCCCAUACAACCGCACAUCCGCCAGUCAUUCGUCCGGUCUUCGAUUCACCAUUUCCGUGAGACAUUUGGCAUCCUCUUCUCCAUCCACCGGGUUGAAGGAUGGCGGGGUAUGUUCAAAGGCCUGGGUCCUAGCCUGACGGGCGUUGUCCCGGCCAGUGCGGUGAAGUUUUACACAUAUGGCAACUGCAAACGCCUCCUGCCGGAAAUCCUGGGAUGCGACAAGGAUACAACUCUUGUGCAUGCCAUGUCCGCCGCAUGCGCUGGUAUCGCCACCGGAUCUGCCACCAACCCCAUCUGGGUGGUGAAGACCCGUCUCCAGCUCGACAAAGCCGGAGCUCGUCGAUACAAGGGCAGUCUGGACUGUGUCAAGCAGAUCAUGAAGCACGAGGGUCCCAAGGGGCUUUACCGAGGCUUGACGGCCAGCUACCUGGGCACUAUCGAGACCACGCUGCACCUGGCCAUGUACGAGCGGAUCAAGGGGGUUAUUUCGAAGAAGGUCGAUCUAGACAACAACUCGGAAACGAAUCACUUUGUCCAGGGUCUUGCUUUGAGUGGAGCGUCAGGAUUGUCGAAGUUGUUUGCUUGCUUGAUUGCGUAUCCUCAUGAGGUUAUCCGAACUCGGCUUCGACAGGCCCCGAUGGCGGACGGUCGUCAGAAGUAUACCAGCAUUCUGCAGUGUGCGCGGUUGAUUCUGAAGGAGGAGGGUGUGAUUGCGCUGUACGGCGGUCUGACGGCGCACCUUCUCCGGACGGUGCCGUCGGCGGCGAUCACCAUCGGGACAUACGAGCUGGUUCUCAAGGUCCUCGAAGGACGCUAAGGCGUGGUGUAAUGGACGAGGCCAGCCCUCGCGACUUCCCUUCUCAUGUAUUAUAGACUGUACGAUAAAAGUGGCACAUAGAUACCCUGUAAUAAUGAUGUGAACAGCAACGACAGCUAGGGUUGUUUGGCGACACGGAGUUUGCAUCAAUCAGGGCCGUUUGUAUAUUACAUAUUUUGCGGAUGAUUUUCUAGCAACGUGAAUGUCAAUGA